UCCUGCCGUUGCCGCUAUAAAUCCCGCCACCACGCGCCCCAAACCCCCCUCCCCCUUUUUCGUUCGCCCGCCCGCCCGCGCCGCCGCUCUCGGGUCUGCUCCUCAGGCCUCCUUCCCCCCGUCGCCUUCGCCGCCGCCGGCGAGGACGCCGCGCAGGAGUAGUGGAUCAGUGUUUUGGGUUAACCUUCACCUUGAAUUGUCUGUGGCCUCAAUCUGCCUCUGAUUGUUGCAGCUGGUGAAUCUCCCAGGGAGACGUCAGUUAUGGGGAAGAGUCCACGUUCUCCUGUUACCACAGGAACAAAAAGGUGCAGAGCAAAGCCACAAAAGAAGGGUGAAGAAUCCACUGAAAAUGGAAAAUUGGAGAACAGCCCCCAGGAUGCAACAAAUGGUGUUGAAAAGGGUACUGGUACUGCUGCUCGGAAGAGGCCAAGGAGGGCAGCAGCCUGUUCUGAUUUCAAAGAGAAAUCUGUUCGUCUAUCAGGAAAAUCUUCUUCUGUCAUGAUCAAGAAAAAUCGGAUGGAAGAGGAGGAAAUAGAUGCAAUCAACCUGACAAAACUAGGGCCAGAAGAUUUACCUCCUUGCCGGAAGCUGAUUGAUUUCAUAUUGCAUGAUGCAGAUGGGAAUCUGCAGCCCUUUGAAAUGUCUGAAAUAGAUGAUUUUUUCAUAACAGCUCUCAUCAUGCCUGCGGAUGAUGAUCUAGAAAAAGAGCGUGAAAGAGGAGUACGCUGUGAAGGAUUUGGACGCAUUGAGGACUGGGCAAUAUCUGGUUAUGAUGAAGGUACUGCAGUGGUCUGGCUCUCAACAGAACUUGCUGACUAUGAAUGUGUGAAGCCAGCUGGCAAUUACAAAUCUUACUACAGCCACUUCUAUGAGAAGGCACAGGUGUGUGUUGAAGUUUACAGAAAGCUCAUGAGAUCAGUAGGUGGGAAUCCUAACCUGAGUCUGGAAGAACUGCUUGCUAGUGUUGUUCGUUCCAUUAAUGCUAUAAAAGGUUACACUGGAACAAUGAGCAAAGACUUUGUGAUUGCCACUGGCGAGUUUGUAUACAAUCAGCUUAUUGGAUUGGAUCAGACAUCAGGCAGUGAUGAUCAGAAGCUUGCUACACUGCCGGUUCUUCUUGCUCUAAGAGAUGAGUGCAAGUCUCGAGUGGAGCUAACCAAGAGGCUGUCUAACAUCUCAAAUGGAAGCCUGAAGAUCAAGGAUGUGAAAUGUGAAGAGGUCGCUGAGGAUGAUGAUGAGAAAUUAGCAAGAUUAUUGCAAGAAGAAGAACAAUGGAAGAUGAUGAAGAAACAGAGGGGUAAACCAACCCAAAAAAAUGUCUACAUCAAAAUUAGUGAAGCUGAGAUUGCAAAUGACUAUCCUCUGCCUGCAUACUAUAAACCAUCUAGCCAGGAAAUGGAUGAGUAUGUAUUUGAUAGUGAGGAUAGCAUGUUCUCUGGUGAUGUGCCAGUAAGAAUCCUCAACAACUGGGCUCUAUACAAUGCAGAUUCCAGGCUUAUCUCUCUGGAAUUAAUUCCUAUGAAGUCUGGUGCCGAAAAUGAUAUAGUUGUCUUUGGAUCUGGGUUUAUGAGAGAGGAUGAUGGCAGUUGCUGCUCCACUGCUGAGUCUGCAAACUCUUCGUCUUCCUCAAGUAAAGCUGAUAACCAGGACUCAGGAGUUCCAAUAUAUUUGAGCCCAAUAAAGGAAUGGGUUAUAGAAUUUGGUGGCUCAAUGGUUUGCAUAACCAUUCGAACUGAUGUGGCCUGGUACAAACUACGACAACCAAUAAAGCAAUAUGCUCCUUGGUGUGAGCCUGUACUGAAAACAGCAAGGCUUGCUGUUAGCAUCAUCACCCUGCUAAAAGAGCAAAGCCGUGCCUCAAAGCUUUCUUUUGUUGAUGUCAUCAAGAAAGUGGCAGAGUUUGACAAAGGGGAUCCUGCUUAUGUAUCGUCCAACAUUGUGCUAGUUGAGAGAUACAUUGUGGUCCAUGGACAGAUCAUACUUCAGCAGUUUACAGAUUUCCCUGAUGAAACUAUCCGACGAAGUGCAUUUGCCACUGGUUUGUUAAUGAAGAUGGAGGAGAGACGACAUACAAAGUUGUCUGUGAAGAAGAAGGUUCAAGAAACGAGGGGGCAGAAUCUGAACCCAAUUGCAACUAUGGGAACAUCAUCAAAAAGAAAAGCUAUGCGUGCAACCACAACCAGAUUGAUCAACAGGAUAUGGAGUGAUUACUAUGCACACCAUUUCCCAGAAGAUUUGAAGGAGGAAGAUGGAAAUGAAGCAAAAGAAAUUGAUGAUGAGCAAGAAGAAAAUGAAGACGAGGAAGCUGAAGAAGAGGUACAGAUUGAAGAAGAAAAGGUUCCAAAGACUCCACCAUCAACACGGUCUCGAAAAUUGAAAUCACAAGCUAUCAAAGAAAUUAGAUGGGAGGGUGCAUCAACUGGGAAAACAGCUUCUGGAGAAGCUUUAUACAAAUGUGCAUACUCUCGAGAACUCAGAAUAGCUGUGGGAGGGGCAGUCACACUAGAAGAUGAUUCAGGAGAACUAGUGAUAUGCUUUGUUGAAUACAUGUUUCAGAAACCUGAUGGUGGAGAAAUAGUUCAUGGAAGGAUCCUACAAAAAGGUUCAGAGACUGUUCUCGGCAAUGCUGCAAAUGACAGGGAUCUUUUCUUGACUAAUGAUUGUUUGGAGUUUGAAUUGAAGGACAUCAAAGAAUUGGUGCCUGUUAAUCUCCAAUCAAUGCCUUGGGGUCACAAGUAUAGAAAAGCGAAUGCUGAGGCUGAUAAGAUUGACCGGGCAAGAGUGGAAGAGAGGAAAAAGAAGGGUCUGCCAACGGAAUAUCUUUGUAGAAGUUUGUACUGGCCUGAGAAGGGCGCUUUCUUUUCACUACCACGUGAUAAACUGGGUCUUGGUAGUGGUGUCUGUAGCUCUUGUGAGCAUAGAGAACCAGAUUGUGAUGAGUUAAAAAUACUCUCCAAGACCAGCUUCAUCUACAAGGAAGUUACCUAUAGUGUCAAUGACUACUUGUACAUUAGGCCAGAUUUUUUCUCCCAAGAAGAGGAUCGUGGUACAUACAAGGCUGGAAGAAACAUUGGCCUAAAGCCCUAUGCAGUUUGCCAUCUGCUGGAUGUUCGUGAAUCUGCUGGUUCUAAAAAAGUUGACCCUGCAUCAACUAAAAUCAGUGUUCGGAGAUUUUAUAGACCAGAUGAUAUUUCAUCAGCCAAAGCUUAUUCAUCAGACAUCCGAGAGGUAUACUAUAGUGAAGAUAUAAUUAAUGUGCCUGUGGAUAUGAUAGAGGGGAAAUGCGAGGUCAGAAAGAAGGCAGAUGUCUCAAAUUCAGACCUUCCAGUGAUGGUUGAACAUGUAUUCUUCUGUGAACAUUUCUAUGAUCCUGCCACUGGAGCUCUCAAGCAGUUGCCUUCAAAUGUAAAGCUCAUGUCUGUGGUACGGAAAGCAACUGGUGCUUUGAAAAAGAACAAGGGAAAGCAGAUUUGUGAAAAUGAUGAACAUGAUUCAGGCAAAUGGACUGAGGUGCCCAAAGAGAACCGCAUUGCAACUCUUGACAUUUUUGCUGGCUGUGGAGGAUUAUCAGAAGGGUUGCAGCAAGCUGGUGUAUCUUUUACUAAAUGGGCAAUUGAAUACGAAGAACCAGCUGGUGAAGCAUUUAGGCAAAAUCACCCGGAAGCUGCUGUGUUUGUGGAUAACUGCAAUGUCAUUUUGAAGGCGAUUAUGGACAAAUGUGGUGAUGCUGACGACUGUGUUUCAACUUCUGAAGCUGCUGAACAAGCAGCUAAACUUGCUGAAGAAAACAUCAAGAACCUUCCUGUCCCUGGUGAAGUAGAAUUCAUAAAUGGUGGUCCUCCCUGUCAGGGAUUUUCUGGGAUGAACAGAUUCAACCAAAGUCCAUGGAGUAAAGUUCAGUGCGAGAUGAUUUUAGCAUUCCUCUCUUUUGCAGAAUAUUUCCGUCCCAGAUACUUUCUUUUAGAAAAUGUUAGGAACUUUGUUUCUUUCAACAAAGGGCAGACCUUCCGACUGGCAGUUGCAUCUCUUCUGGAGAUGGGAUACCAGGUUCGGUUUGGAAUCUUAGAAGCAGGGACUUUUGGUGUUGCACAGUCCAGGAAAAGGGCUUUCAUUUGGGCUGCUGCUCCUGGAGAGACUCUUCCUGACUGGCCAGAACCUAUGCAUGUGUUUGCUAGCCCUGAACUGAAAAUAACACUGCCUGAUGGCAACUACUAUGCGGCUGCCAAAAGCACAGCUGGUGGGGCACCUUUCCGUGCAAUAACUGUUAGAGAUACAAUUGGGGAUUUGCCAAAAGUAGAAAAUGGUGCAAGUAAACUAAUACUUGAGUAUGGAGGUGAACCUGUCUCUUGGUUCCAGAAGAAGAUAAGAGGUAGCACGAUUGCAUUGAAUGAUCACAUAUCAAAGGAGAUGAAUGAGCUAAAUCUCAUAAGAUGCAAACACAUCCCAAAGCGACCUGGCUGUGACUGGCAUGACCUACCAGAUGAGAAGGUCAAGCUAUCUUCUGGGCAAAUGGUUGACCUGAUACCUUGGUGCUUGCCUAACACCGCUAAAAGGCACAACCAGUGGAAAGGGCUCUAUGGUAGGUUGGAUUGGGAGGGUAAUUUCCCCACAUCUGUGACAGAUCCCCAGCCCAUGGGUAAGGUUGGCAUGUGCUUUCACCCUGACCAGGACAGGAUCAUCACUGUCCGUGAGUGCGCGCGUUCUCAGGGCUUUCCUGACAGCUACCAGUUUGCGGGCACAAUCCAGACCAAGCACAGGCAGAUUGGCAACGCUGUGCCACCCCCUCUUGCCUUUGCACUUGGGAGGAAGCUGAAGGAAGCUGUUGAUGCGAAGCGCCAGCAGGCAUAACUUUGUUCAUGAGAAGCAUCUCUAGAUGAUGAGCAGAUGCUAUGAGUUUAUCUAGAUUGCUCGUGGCUAGCAUUGUAGUCACAUGUCGAGGUUAAUGAUGUGACAAUUAUGAAUUUCCUUAGUUGAUUGUGAUUUUUAUGGGUCGUAUGGACUCCUUGUUGUAUAUCUUAGAUGUGUGCUGACUGGCACCCUGAUUCAGGGUUGUCUGGUUGUAUUUGAACAAUUGCAUGAUUUCGUAGUGGCUUGUGGGCAGCUACUGCCCUGUGUACUUGGUAUGGAACUACCUUUUACAACAAAAUAUAUAUAUGUUCUAUCCUGGAUU